UUACAAUUCUAGAGUUAUCGUUCUUGCCAUGACGUCAGAUGGUAAAGAAACAAAAAAAUAUGUCGUGGAAUCAUAUUUGCUGGGGUCUUUUUGAAAAUUAAAGCUGGUAACUCAUCUCCGCUGGAAUAGGCUAUAUUACAGAUGGACCGUCCCCAGAAAAACGAAGCAAAGAGCUGUCUGAAACAAAACCGAGAGUUCUCUGAUGAUGAAAUCAACCAAGAAGUGCCACAGAACUUUGUUGUUGGGAAAUUGACAAAUGUUCAGCGCCCGAUUCGUCAAAAGGAAACAUCCUGGCAAAUACCUCUAUCACCCCCUCCACAACUCCCUACAGCAAAGGUCUCUGAAGAGUUCAACUGGCAAGCCACUCUACCAACGGUUAGAGAGAGAAAUGCUGUUAUGUUUAACAAUCAACUUAUGGCAGAUGUUUACUUUCUGGUGGGAUCAACUCCAAACCAUCACAGAGUUCCAGCACAUAAAUAUAUUCUUGCCACAGGCAGCUCGGUCUUCUUUGCCAUGUUCUAUGGGGGUCUAGCCAAUCAGGAGGGAGAUAUUGAAAUUCCAGAUGUAGAACCAGGAGCAUUUAUGAAUUUAUUAAGAUACAUCUACUGCGAUGACAUUCAGUUGGAACCAGACAAUGUUCUAGCAACAUUAUAUGCUGCUAAAAAGUAUAUUGUGCCGCAUUUGGCAAAAUCAUGUGUGCGUUUCCUUGAAACAAGUCUAAGUGCUCGGAAUGCUUGCAUUCUUUUGAGUCAAGGUAGAUUGUUUGAGGAGCAAGAACUGAUGCAUCGGUGUUGGGAGGUCAUCGAUGCUCAAGCAGAAGAGGCCCUUUAUUCUGACAGUUUCAGUGAAAUUGACAUAAAUACACUAAAAACUGUCUUAAACCGAGAAACCCUCAACGCACGGGAAAUAUCAAUUUUCAAUGCUGCAUGUAAGUGGGCAGAGGCUGAGUGCAAUCGUUCAAACUUGGAACCCACUCCUGAAAAUAAACGUAAAGUGUUAGGGGAUGCUCUUUAUCUCAUCAGAAUGCCUUCAAUGGGCCUCGAUGAGUACGCCAAUGGACCGUCUCAGUCAGGUAUAUUGACACUUCAAGAGGCAAAUGACAUCUUUCUUCAUUAUUUAGCAAGGAAUAAGCCAGAAUUAAAGUUCACUAAGAAACCUAGAUCUGGAUUGACUCCAUUCAAAUGUCAUCGCUUCCAGUCCUCAGCUUACAGAAGUAACCAAUGGAGAUACAGAGGGCGCUGUGAUAGCAUUCAAUUUGCAGUUGACACUAGGAUUUUUGUGGCAGGCUUUGGGUUGUAUGGUUCCAGUAAUGGUGCUGCAGAAUAUCAGGUCAAAAUUGAACUGAAGAAAAAUGGAGUUAUUCUCGGUCACACGAACAAAAAAUUCUUCUCCGACGGAUCAAGUAAUACGUUUGGAGUGUUGUUUGAAAAUCCAAUCCAGAUUGAAGCGGACACAUUUUACACUGCCAGUGCUGUGCUGGAUGGAGUGGAACUGAGCUACUUUGGUCAGGAAGGGCUUACUGAAAUCCAGUGCGGAAAGGUCACCUUUCAGUUCCAGUGUUCGUCUGACAGCACUAAUGGUACAGGUGUACAAGGGGGCCAGAUUCCAGAAAUUAUAUUUUACUGCUAAUUGUAUCACUGCUUUCAUGUAAAUGACAUGUACAUGUCAUCGUCUUUUCAGUACAUUUUCCAUCAUAAUAAGACUGAUAAUUUUCAAAUAAAUUAAGAGAAAUUGUGCAUUUAUUGAUAGAACAAAAUGAAUUUUUGUUGUUGAUUGAAUUAAGUUUAAACAUUUAGUGUGAUGUCCGUCAGUUAAGUUGUAAAAUGUGUAAUGCCCAUCUUGUAACUCAUAAAGUUGAGGUGCCAUCAUCUCUGUAACAGUUGUCAUCAUGUGUUCUGGUAUCUUGCAACAUUAAAGAAUUAAUAUUCAUGCUUAAUAACAAA